AUGACAGGCAAAAUUCCCACCGUCGAAGGGAUCCCCGUCCUGCCGUUAAGCCACAAAGACGAUGGAAGCUGGGUGAGACCCGAAACCGCCAACGAUGCCAUCAACCCGGCCCCAUCGAGAUGGUAUCUCAAGGCACAGGCUUCUGCCCUGCGAUCCGGUCUAUACAUCGGCAUGACCCUCCACUACAUGGCUAGCCCUCGACCACCAAACCCCAAUUUCACGCUUACGAUCCCCUCGCUUCUAUCCAAACACAAGGGUACUUUUACCCUCCAGUUCUACACCCCAAAGGGCUACGAAGAUGCCGCCAAACACGGCAAGCGAUAUCCCGCAGUCGUCAACUUCCACGGCGGUGGCUUCACAAUCGGCAACGGUACCGACGAUGCCCGAUUUGCUCGCUACGUCCUCGAGACCUGCGACGCCGUCUUCGUCUCGGUCGACUAUCGCCUUGCCCCCGAGUACCCAUUCCCGACCGCCGUCGAUGACGCUGCCGAUGCGCUCUUCUACCUUAUUCGCCAAUCCGCCGACCUACACAUUGAUCCCAUGAAGCUCGCGACAUCCGGUUUCUCAGCCGGCGGCAACAUCGCAAUUACUGCCACGCUGCGCUUCAACGAGCACUUGAAGGAAUUGGCCGACCCCGAUAACAAGGCUCCGCCAGUCCCCGAACACAAGAUCCGCGCCAUCGCGACUUGGUACCCCGUUACCGACUAUAGCAUAUCGCGCGCCGAGAAGCGCGCCACCUGCGUCAAGCCCGAGAGCACGCUGCCUCCUGCCAUGACGAACCUGUUCGACGGGUCUUACCUCUACCCUGGUGAUAUAAAGAUGGCGCAUCCCUGGCUAUCGCCCGCCCGAGCCAGCGAUGACGAACUGAGGGAAGCCAUACCGCAAAACGUGCUCGUGUACACGUGCGAGUGGGACAUGUUGCAGAAGGAGGGAGAGGCCUUCGCUAAGCGGUUGGCGGCCGAGCCUCUGAAUAAGACGGUCCAUCACAGGAUGAUUCCCGGGGUUGCCCAUGGUUGGGACAAGAGUCCAGAUCCGUUGAAGCCGGCGAUACAUACGCAGGAGGUGUAUACAGACUGUUGCCGGAAGUUGUUGGCGAUAUUUAAUGCAGUCGAUUGACUCAUACCCCGGAGAAGUUACUGGCAGGCUUCUUUGGAAAGGGAAAAGCUGGUCGUUGACUGAAGGUUGCAAAUGAGGAACAUACGAGUUCGAAUGAACAUACCUUAAUGCAAGUAACCUCUCCUCAAACUCAUGAUUACUUUUA